AGCCCAGUCCGCUGUGUCAGUGGUCGCCGCCGCCGUCAUGCCGCUGGAGAACCUGGAGGAGGAGGGUCUGCCCAAGAACCCCGACCUGCGCAUCGCGCAGCUGCGCUUCCUGCUCAGCCUGCCGGAGCACCGCGGCGACGCGGCGGUGCGCGAGGAGCUGAUGGCCGCCGUCCGCGACAACAACAUGGCUCCUUACUACGAAGCCUUGUGCAAGUCGCUGGACUGGCAGAUGGACAUGGACCUGCUCAGUAAGAUGAAGAAGGCAAAUGAACAGGAGUUGAAACGUCUGGAUGAGGAGCUGGAAGACGCCGAGAAAAACUUGGGGGAGAGUGAAAUUCGAGACGCGAUGAUGACCAAGGCGGAGUACCUGUGUAGAAUAGGUGACAAGGAGGGAGCUCUGACAGCCUUUCGCAAGACGUACGAUAAGACCGUGGCUCUAGGUCACCGACUCGACAUUGUAUUCUACCUCCUUAGGAUUGGUCUGUUUUACAUGGAUAAUGAUCUCAUCACACGGAACACAGAAAAGGCCAAAAGCCUAAUAGAAGAAGGAGGAGACUGGGACAGGAGAAACCGCCUGAAAGUGUACCAGGGCCUUUACUGUGUGGCUAUUCGUGACUUCAGACAGGCAGCUGAGCUUUUUCUUGACACCGUUUCCACAUUCACAUCCUAUGAGCUUAUGGAUUAUCAAACGUUCGUCACUUACACUGUGUACGUCAGCAUGAUUGCCUUGGAGAGACCAGAUCUCAGGGAAAAGGUGAUUAAAGGAGCAGAGAUUCUUGAAGUGCUGCACAGUCUCCCCGCGGUUCGGCAGUAUCUGUUCUCGCUCUACGAGUGCCGGUACUCCGCCUUCUUCCAGUCAUUAGCCAUUGUGGAGCAGGAGAUGAAGAAGGACUGGUUGUUUGCUCCUCAUCACCGAUACUACGUGAGAGAAAUGAGAAUUCACGCGUAUAGCCAGCUGCUGGAAUCAUACAGGUCACUGACCCUGGGCUAUAUGGCAGAAGCAUUUGGUGUGGGUGUGGAAUUCAUUGAUCAAGAGCUGUCCAGGUUUAUUGCUGCUGGAAGACUGCACUGCAAAAUCGAUAAAGUGAAUGAGAUAGUAGAAACCAACAGACCUGAUAGCAAGAACUGGCAGUACCAAGAAACCAUCAAGAAAGGAGAUCUGCUACUAAACAGAGUACAGAAGCUUUCUAGAGUAAUUAAUAUGUAAACCCACAUAGAAAGGGUUAACUUUACAAAUUGCUUGGAACUUUUAUAACCUAUGUGCUUUACUUCAACAGUAUAAAAUAAAUAUUCCAUUGAUUCUUUCAGUUUAA